GAUCUGUCUGUACUGUCUGUGUAAUCCUGUGUGCUAGGAAAGGGUUCUAAAAUCCAGGCAGAACAGAAAGGUCAAGAGACCAGCAGGUGCUGUAGAUAAAGAGGUCACUGUAAGAUGGCAGGGUACUCAGAAUUGUACUUCAAUGUGGACAGCGGCUACUUGGAGGGUCUUGUUAGGGGUUUUAAGGCUGGCAUCCUCAAACAGAUUGACUAUCAGAACCUGGUACAGUGUGAAACAGUAGAAGAUCUGAAGCUACACCUCCAGAGUACAGAUUAUGGCAACUUUUUAGCAAAUGAAACUGGUCCACUUACAGUGACGACGAUUGAUGACAAGCUGAAGGAGAAACUGUUAACUGAGUUUCGAUACUUCAGGAACCAUUCCUUGGAACCACUGGCAACUUUCCUCAACUUUAUCACCUUCAGUUACAUGAUUGACAAUGUGAUUCUGCUGAUCACUGGCACUCUGCGUCAGCGGCCCAUAGCUGAGCUGGUUCCAAAAUGUCACCCUUUGGGAAGCUUUGACCAGAUGGAAGCUGUCAGUAUUGCUCAGACUCCUGCUGAGCUCUAUAAUGCCAUACUUGUCGACACACCUCUAGCUCAGUUUUUCCAAGACUGUUUAUCUGAGACCGACCUGGAUGAAAUGAAUGUUGAGAUCAUGAGAAAUAAGCUGUAUAAGUCUUAUAUAGAAUCCUUCCAUAAAUUCUGUAAAGAACAGGGAGGCGCGACCGAGGAAACAAUGUGCCCCAUUCUUGAGUUUGAAGCAGACCGACGUGCCUUCAUAAUCACAGUAAACUCUUUCGGGACGGAGCUGAAAAAGGAAGACAGGCAGAUGCUGUUCCCAACUUGUGGAAAGCUUUACCCCGAAGGCUUACGUAGGCUGGCCAAUGCAGAAGACUAUGAGCAUGUGAAGGCCACUGCUGAUUACUAUGCUGAAUACAAAUUUCUCUUUGAAGGAUCAGGACGAGGUCCGGAUGAAAAGACACUAGAAGAUAAAUUCUUUGAACAUGAGGUCAAGCUGAACACUCUAGCCUUCAUGAACCAGUUCCACUUCGGAGUGUUCUAUGCCUACAUCAAGCUGAAGGAACAGGAAUGCAGGAACAUCGUCUGGAUUGCUGAAUGCAUAGCUCAGAGGCACAGAGCCAAGAUUGAUCAUUACAUUCCUAUUUUCUAAAUCAGAAAAUCAACGAGCAGAAUAUCUGACAUGUUCAUUUUCACGUGAAAUAUUUCUAAUGUAAUAAAUAUGAAUUUAAAUACUAAUAUGGUAACACAAGGAACCUAUGUGUUGUGAUCUAGCAGUAUAAUAUUUUGUAUUAGCCCUGUGCUUUAAUUGGCAAUCAGUCAUCCAAUUUAACCUGACCACAUUCCGUACAUGGUUUUCAUUCCCCUCCAAUUAGGCCUUCCAUUGAACCAUAUGUCGAUAUUUCAAAGACGGAAAUCAGACCAUCUGACCAACCUCAAUGUUACCAGAGAUCAUGACUUUAUCUAUAGCAUUGUACAAUACAUGAAAUAUUUAUCUAUCCUUAAUUAAUGUCAAAAAGGAGUAAAUCAACAUAUUCUCAAACAAAACAAAAAAGAUUCAAACAUGUAUUGUUAUUAUUAUUAUUACAGUUUGAGUACUGACACUUUUCCUAAUAAAAGCAAUCUAUAGCAUCUUUCCACUGCUCAAA